CGAAUCGAAACUAUCCACGUGGAUACAUCAACCAACAAAAACCUUCCACGUAGGACAACCAGCGAGAUACCAAAAAAACCCAAGAACUUCGAAGACCUUCUUCUCCAACCAGAGGCUUUUUGGUAAACAGCAAAUACCCUUUUCUUUCACUUUUCUCUUCUUCUCGAAUCUGAGAGAGAGAUCAACAUUCAACAAUGGCGGUCAAAUCAAAACUCGUCUCUCUUCUCUUCCUCGUAGCAACACUAUCAUCCACAUUCGCAGCUUCGUUUUCCAAUUCAGAUUCCGAUUCAGAUCUCCUCAACGAACUUGUAUCUCUCAGAUCAACAAGCGAAUCAGGCGUAAUCCAUCUCGAUGACCAUGGAAUCUCAAAAUUCCUAACCUCCGCUUCCACUCCUCGUCCUUACUCGUUACUCGUCUUCUUCGACGCAACUCAGCUCCACAGCAAAAACGAGCUUCGUCUUCAAGAGCUCCGUCGCGAAUUCGGCAUCGUCUCCGCUUCAUUCCUCGCUAACAACAAUGGAUCUGAAGGAACUAAGCUUUUCUUCUGUGAGAUCGAGUUUUCACAGUCUCAAUCUUCGUUCCAGCUCUUUGGCGUUAACGCUUUACCUCACAUUCGUCUUGUAAGUCCUUCGAUAUCCAAUCUACGUGAUGAAUCUGGUCAAAUGGAUCAAUCGGAUUACUCUAGAUUAGCGGAAUCAAUGGCUGAGUUCGUCGAGCAACGAACUAAACUCAAGGUCGGUCCUAUUCAACGUCCACCGCUUCUAUCGAAACCGCAGAUCGGCGUUAUCGUUGCGUUGAUCGUUAUCGCUACUCCGUUUGUUAUCAAACGAGUUUUAAAAGGAGAAACUAUUCUUCAUGAUAGUAGACUUUGGUUAUCUGGUGCUAUCUUCAUUUACUUCUUUAGCGUUGCUGGUACAAUGCACAACAUUAUCAGGAAAAUGCCGAUGUUUCUUCAAGAUCGUAAUGAUCCGAAUAAGCUUGUGUUCUUCUACCAAGGAUCUGGAAUGCAGCUUGGAGCUGAAGGAUUUGCUGUUGGAUUCUUGUAUACUGUUGUUGGAUUGCUAUUGGCGUUUGUUACCAAUGUGCUUGUUCGAGUGAAGAAUCUUACUGCCCAGAGAUUGAUUAUGCUUUUGGCUUUGUUCAUAUCGUUCUGGGCUGUGAAGAAAGUUGUUUACUUGGAUAAUUGGAAGACUGGAUACGGAAUUCAUCCGUAUUGGCCAUCGAGUUGGCGUUGAUUUCAUCACACUUGAGGAUAUGUGUUUCACAAGGUAAUGGCUUUAGUUUUGGAAACAAACAGUUCUGGGAAUUGAGUAAUGAUGUUUUGGAUGUUUUGUGUUUCGAUUUGAAAUACUUUUGAAUCGGUGUAGUACUACUAUUUCAGAUGGUUUACUUUAAACUCCUUACUGCUACAUUAGUCCCUUGUUAAGUUAUUUAUCUGAAUGAGUAACAUAUAUAAGCAAGUAUAUGGGAUCUUUAGUCGAUUAAAUCGUAGCGUACUAUUAGUCUAGGAUUCUUAUUGGUACAUUACCACUUAGAGUUUCUAUGUGCCUUUAGUCUUGCUUACUGCAUAUAUUCAGAAAAAGGACUUUGUGAUUGAGGAUAGUGUGACUGUUUAAGCAUUAUGGAACCUUUUGUUUUGUCGUCGACUGUAUCCUCUGCUCUUUUGGAUUUGUGUUCCUCUAUAAAUUUAUUACCAUCUCGUUUUGCUGUCUGUUUGAGAAUGAGUCUAAGUAAAACUUGGGUUCGAGU